AUGAGCCAGGCCUACUCGUCCAGCCAGCGGGUGUCGUCCUACCGCCGCACCUUCGGCGGGGCCCCCAGCUUCCCGCUCGGCUCCCCGCUGAGCUCGCCGGUGUUCCCGCGCGCGGGCUUCGGCACCAAGGGCUCCUCGAGCUCGGUGACAUCCCGCGUGUACCAGGUGUCGCGCACGUCGGGCGGGGCCGGGGGCCUGGGGGCGCUGCGGGCCAGCCGGCUGGGCUCGACCCGCGCGCCCUCCUCCUACGGCGCGGGCGAGCUGCUGGACUUCUCGCUGGCCGAUGCCGUGAACCAGGAGUUCCUGACCACGCGCACCAACGAGAAGGUGGAGCUGCAGGAGCUCAAUGACCGCUUCGCCAACUACAUCGAGAAGGUGCGCUUCCUGGAGCAGCAGAACGCGGCGCUUGCCGCCGAGGUGAACCGGCUCAAGGGCCGGGAGCCGACGCGCGUGGCCGAGAUCUACGAGGAGGAGCUGCGCGAGCUGCGGCGCCAGGUGGAGGUGCUUACUAACCAGCGCGCCCGCGUCGACGUCGAGCGGGACAACCUGCUGGACGACCUGCAGCGGCUCAAGGCCAAGCUGCAAGAGGAAAUUCAGCUGAAAGAAGAAGCGGAGAACAAUUUGGCUGCCUUCCGAGCCGACGUGGAUGCAGCCACUCUAGCUCGAAUUGACCUGGAGCGCAGGAUCGAAUCUCUCAACGAGGAAAUCGCGUUCCUUAAGAAAGUGCACGAAGAGGAGAUCCGCGAGCUACAGGCCCAGCUUCAGGAACAGCAGGUCCAGGUGGAGAUGGACAUGUCGAAACCAGACCUCACAGCUGCCCUCAGGGACAUCCGUGCUCAGUAUGAGACCAUCGCGGCCAAGAAUAUCUCGGAAGCCGAGGAAUGGUACAAGUCAAAGGUGUCUGACCUGACCCAGGCAGCCAACAAGAACAAUGACGCGCUGCGCCAGGCCAAGCAGGAGAUGAUGGAGUACCGCCACCAGAUUCAGUCCUACACCUGCGAGAUCGAUGCCCUCAAGGGCACCAACGACUCACUGAUGAGGCAGAUGAGGGAGCUGGAGGACCGCUUUGCUAGUGAGGCCAGCGGCUACCAGGACAACAUCGCCCGCCUGGAGGAGGAGAUCCGACACCUCAAGGAUGAGAUGGCCCGCCACCUGCGCGAGUACCAGGACCUGCUCAAUGUCAAGAUGGCCUUGGAUGUGGAGAUUGCCACCUACCGGAAGCUGCUGGAGGGCGAGGAGAGCCGGAUCAACCUCCCUAUCCAGACCUUCUCUGCCCUCAACUUCCGAGAAACAAGCCCCGAGCAGAGGGGUUCUGAGGUCCAUACCAAGAAGACGGUGAUGAUCAAGACCAUCGAGACCCGGGACGGGGAGGUCGUCAGUGAGGCCACACAGCAGCAGCAUGAGGUGCUCUAA